UCUCUCCCCCCAACCACUCACACUGCUCCGCCCGUCCUCCCCGCAAUGUCCACGGCAGUUGCCACCAUGUCCUACCACCAUACGCACUCGUCGUUGCCGACGCCGCCGCACUCCCCGCCUCCCGUCGACCCCAUGUGCACCGCCGUCCACCUCCUCGACUCCCUCCAAGCCUUCUACCAUCGCGAGCGCACUUGGGUCCUCCACACCCGCGCAGAGCUCGAGGAGAAGCUCAUCGAGGGCCCCGGCGCAUCCACUCUCGCCGAUCCCGCAUCCAUAGAGUCCGACUCUUCCGCCUACUCUUCUGCCGAGUCAUCAGCAGGGACGAACGAGUCCACGCCACCGCAGCCCAUGCACGCCGCACUGGGUGGUGUCAAGCCAGAGCCCGUCGAAGCACAGCUUCCGAGCAAAGACCACCACAACAAACACACCCGCUGGAAUCGGCGAAAGAACGGCCUGAAGCUCAAGCUCGAGGGCAUCAGCCCUAAGAGCAGACGGAGAUUUGUCAGGUCCGCGCGCGACCGGGGAAUAUCCGAGCCUGGUGCUCAGUUGCUCGAAAUGUUCGGCGACCUCGUCGACGCUCGCAUGGAGAGUUGCCAGCGGAUCACAAGACUCAUCCGCUCCUCCAACAGUUCCAAUCUGUUGACCCAUUAGAUUCCUUUCCCCAAGUAUCAUUAUUAUUGGAGUAUAUCUGGACGUAUAUAUGGAUAUGCAUCUAUGGGAGAGCACGACUGGCCCGGUUGGGAUGUAGAGGAUGGGGUUGUGCGAUAGUCCCCAAGGAUCUUCUAUAUCUGGUCUUCCACGAAGACAUAACCGCGAUACCUGCCGUGGUAAAAACACCUCGCAUUACGCAUACUUGUAACUUUAGUCUGACGCAACCUGGGAAUGUACGAUACCAUUGCAUCAUGAGAGUGUUCUGAGAUACCCUCGAUAUUUCC